CGUGUUGCCGUGCCACCCUCCUGCCCUUGGCCCACCGCCGCCGCCACCACCACCACCACCACCACCACCACCACCACCACCACCAUGGGGCUCUUGCCCAAGCUCGGCUCGCGCCAGGGCAGCAGCGCCACGUCGGACCGAGCUGACCACUGUCCCCGCUCCAUCUUCUGCAACAUUAAGAUGUUCGUGCUCUGCCAAGGCCUCCUGCAGCUCUGCCAGCUCCUGUACAGUGCCUACUUCAAGAGCAGCCUCACCACCAUCGAGAAGCGCUUUGGGCUCUCCAGCUCUUCCUCAGGUCUCAUUUCCAGCUUGAAUGAGAUCAGCAAUGCCACCCUUAUCAUCUUUGUCAGCUACUUCGGCAGCCGGGUGCACCGCCCACGGCUAAUCGGCAUCGGGGGUCUCCUCCUGGCUACAGGUGCCUUCAUCCUCACCCUCCCACACUUCCUCUCGGAGCCCUACCAGUACACCUCGGUCAGCAUCGGAAACAGCAGCCACCUCCAGACUGAGCUCUGUCAGAAGCACUGGCAGGAUCUGCCCCUCAGUCGGUGCCAAAGCACCAUGCAGGACACCCGGAAGGAGACUAGCAGCAUGUGGGGACUGAUGGUGAUAGCCCAACUGCUGGCCGGCAUUGGGACAGUGCCCAUCCAGCCAUUUGGAAUCUCCUAUGUGGAUGACUUCGCAGAGCCCACCAACUCCCCCCUGUACAUCUCCAUUUUAUUUGCCAUUGCUGUGUUUGGACCAGCUUUCGGGUACCUGCUGGGCUCCGUCAUGCUGCAGAUCUUUGUGGAUUUUGGCAGGGUGGAUACAGCUACAGUCAACUUGAACCCAGGUGACCCUCGAUGGAUUGGAGCCUGGUGGCUGGGCCUGCUCAUCUCUUCAGUCUUCUUGGUCCUCACCUCUUUCCCCUUUUUUUUCUUUCCUCGAGCAAUGCCCAGAGGAGCAGAAAGGUCUCCUGCCAUAGUGGACGAGGCAAGGAAGAUGGAGGAGGUCAAGUCAAGAGGCUCCCUAAUGGAUUUCAUUAAACGCUUCCCUCACAUCUUCCUGAGGCUCCUGAUGAACCCGCUUUUCAUGCUGGUGGUCUUGGCCCAGUGCAACUUCUCUUCUGUCAUAGCCGGCCUCUCCACCUUCCUCAACAAGUUCCUGGAGAAGCAGUAUGGCGCCUCAGCAGCCUAUGCCAACUUCCUCAUCGGUGCUGUAAACCUCCCUUUUGCGGCCUUGGGGAUGCUGUUUGGAGGAAUCCUCAUGAAGCGUUUUGCCUUGCCACUGCAGACCAUCCCCCGCGUGGCUGCCAUCAUCAUCACCAUCUCCACUAUCCUCUGUAUCCCUCUCUUCUUCAUGGGAUGUUCCACCCCACCCGUGGCUGAGGUCUACCCUCCCAGCACAUCAAGUUCUAUACAUCCUCAGCCUCCUGCCUGCCGGAGGGAUUGCUCGUGCCCGGAUUCUGUCUUCCACCCUGUCUGCGGGGACAAUGGAGUCGAAUACCUCUCCCCUUGCCACGCUGGCUGUAGCAAUGUCAACAUGAGCUCUAUAGCCACCAAGCAAGUGAUCUAUUUGAACUGCAGCUGUGUGACUGGGGGAGCUGCUUCAGCGAAGACAGGGUCGUGCCCCAUUCCCUGUGCCCACUUCCUGCUCCCGUCCAUCUUCCUCAUCUCCUUUGUGGCGCUGAUAGCUUGCAUCUCCCACAACCCGCUCUACAUGAUGGUUCUACGCGUGGUGAACCAAGAUGAAAAGUCAUUUGCCAUCGGGGUACAGUUUUUACUGAUGCGCUUGCUGGCCUGGCUGCCGGCUCCAGCCCUGUACGGACUCACCAUUGACUACUCCUGCAUCCGGUGGAACAAGCAUUGCUCAGGGAGGCAAGGGGCCUGUGCCUACUAUGACAGUGACGCUCUCCGGGACAGGUACCUGGGCCUGCAGGAGGGCUACAAGAUCCUAGGCACACUGCUGCUCUUCUUCGUCGGCUGGAGGGUGAAGAAGAACAGGGAGUACAACGUGCAGGAGAAGACUGCAGGCCUCAUCUGACCCUUGACCGGACCA